AAACUCGAAAGAAUGUUUUAUAUUCUUUCUGCUUGAAGAAUUCCAAAAAGUCAGCAACGCGGAGAAAGGAAAGAAUUUGGAAACCGUCAAGAGGAAUCAAUUUGUGCAAUUAUCCCACAAUCAAAAUAUCUCCACAACCAUAUUCCAAUUCCAAAUCGCUUUUUUACCAAUCUGCAGAUUCAAAUUCAAUUCCAUUUCCUUGCACCCACCCACCAAUCGUACCCCCAAAACCCCUCCACUUUCUGAAUCCCUUCUCGUAACUACCUCUUCUUUAAUUUUCAAUUUGUCCAAUUCAGGUGUCUAUCAACUGACAUGCAGAGCCAACUAGCGUGCACUGGGUGUAGGAGGAUUCUUCUUUAUCCUAGUGGAGCUACGAUUGUCUGUUGUGCAUUAUGCAGUUCAAUUACCUCGGUUCCAGCUCCUGCGUCAAACCAGCUUGCUUAUGUCAAUUGUGGGAAUUGCCAUACAGUGUUGAUGUACCCAUGUGGAGCCCCUUCAGUAAAAUGUGCGGUUUGCCACUUCAUUACAAAUAUUAAUAUGGGCAAUGCAAGAGUUCCGUUUCCCAUGCACAGACCGAAUGGGACAACUGCGCCUGCACCAAUGUCUUCCGCCUCAAAAGCAAUGCCUACUAAAUCUCAUAGCCAAACUGUUGUUGUUGAGAAUCCUAUGUCUGUCGACGCAAGCGGCAAAUUGGUGAGCAAUGUUGUCGUCGGCAUCACAACAGAGAAAAGAUGAUCAAACCAAAUUCUGGUAUUCAUCCAAGGAACCAUCGUUUUGUUGCUGCAAAGAUUAAUCUGAGAAAUGGUGGUCGUAAUGAUAUGAAAGUCCAGUGGACAUUAGAAUUAUGCAGGUAAUAUAUAUAUAUAUAUAUAUAUGUGUGUGUGUGUGUAUAAUAUAUAUGGGGAGGAUAGUCAUUGGACAAGAAUUGAAGAAUAUGUAUUUAUCAUGGCUGAAACCAGUCUGAGUAAUUGUUUGCAUACAUAUUUAUUCAAACUCUUCUCAGAAUAGUCUUAUAAUAUUCUUAACAUUAAUAUCAUUGAUUUGGUAUUUGAUAUUACCAAAUAAUAUUAUCAUAUUGUAAGAUUAAAUAAA